UACAAUGUAAAAAUGUUGUUAAGGGCGCUCACAUUGUAUCACACAAUUUUUAUUUGUGUCCAGUGAGCAUUAUCAUGCAGUCAGAUAAGAUGUACAGUAAUAAGGUUUUCAAAACAAAGAUGUUUAAAGAACAGUACAAACAUAUAAAAUUUCCUUUUGUUCUGUUUACUUUCUUUUUCCAAGCCUUCACUGCGGUCCGUGAGGUCUUUGAGGAGACGGGAGUCCGCUCAGAGUUCAUGUCCCUCCUGAGCAUCCGGCAGCAGCACAACCUCCCAGGUGCUUUUGGUAUGUCCGACAUGUACAUCAUCAGCCCCCUCACAUACGACAUCAACUUCUGCACCCAGGAGUGCCUGCGCUGUGAGUGGCUGGAGCUAACCGAGCUAACCAAGACUAGCUCCACUACUCCUAUCACUAGCCGCCUAGCCAGGCUUCUGCUUCACGGCCUGAACCAGGGCUUCGACAAGAUUGACCUGGCUAUGGAGGAGCUGCCAGCUGUCUACUCAGGGAGGUUCUACCAGCUGUACCACAGGGUGCUGCCUCCAGGACCUGCCUAGCCAAGUGCAUUGAUGCUAAUAGCACGAACACGUCAAUGCUAGUCAUAUGAGCAUGUGGAUGGUCUUUCACCAUAAU